GGCCGCCUGGGCUGGUCGCAUGGAGGCCGCAGUGGACCGGCCCACAGCACGGCAACCGUUGUGGCUGAAGGUGGACCGCGCCGUGCAGCGCGCCGCUCGGGUGGAGUCUGCCCGGAUGAGGUGUGCCCUGGAGGCUUCGGAUCCAGACCAGCUUCAGGCCAUGAUGACCUGGUGGAUGGCGCGUGAUCCCAGUGCCGCCUCCUCGGGUGGCAAUGCCACGGCCCGUUUACUGCAGGAGAACAGUAGUGUGGAAGAGGCAGGCGAAGGCGAGACGUUGGGCGCGUUGCUCUUCUCCGAGCGCCUGCACCGGAGGUUUCCCUAUGUCUCCUUCUACGGCCCAGACGACUAUGCGGUGGGUGGCUCCGUCUCAGAGGCCAGUGGCCCUGGACUGGAGUUUGAGCGACUACAACAGGCACUGCAGCAGAAUUUGCAAGCCUUGCAGGACUUGCGAUCAAGGCUAGCUCCUUAUCAGGAAUCCUCCCGAAGUUCCUUGUUCUGGACCUGGAGCGAUGUCGUCAACGUCGCCACCCGCUUUCGGGAAGCCCUGUGCUUUCCGGCAAAGGCGGCCAAGGCGGCGGCAGGAGGCUUGAAUCGCCUUGACGAGGUGGACCUCUCUGACAGUUUAGCUGAGUUUAGCACCAUCUCUGGGCUCUUCCUGGCCGCUCUGGUGGCCAUGGUGGGAUCUGGCACUGCUGUCCUCAUGCACCGAUGGGGCUGGGCCAUGGGGCUUUUGGCCUUUGGCUGUGCCAAUUCCGUGCUGCUGCAGAACUACUCUCGGCUGCACCUGCCCCAUGUACGUCGGCGCCUGGAGCUACGUUUGAAGGAGUUGUCCCAUCAGAAGGAUGCGUUGCUGAAAGACGUGCAACAAGUCCAGCGAGCCUCGCGCAAGACGGGCAUGGUACAGGUUCGUGCCCACAUCUUCCUGCAGAGUGUCAAUGUGAUCCGAAACAUGGACUACUUGGCACGCUGCAUCAAGACCGAGGUGCAGCGCUUAUCCUCGGAGUCGAAGGCGCGGAAGGCACAGCUUCCCAGACGCCUGGCGGCCAGUGGGCUGCAACUGCUGCUCGCUCUCCUCCCACACAGCUCCCCCCUGUGGCAAGAAGAGGCCCUUCAAGGGGAGCCCUGCCACGAGCUGGCCUCGGUGAUCUUCGCCCGCCGCGCCCUGCGCGGCGUGGCACACGAGGGCGGUCCUGCGGCGCUGCUCUCGCGGAGCUAUGAGGACUCCAGGAAGCGGCUCUGGCUGCUCUUCCGGAUGGUGCACCUGAGUUCAGCCAUCCCAACGGAAGUCCAAGGCAAGUUGUCGGCCUUGAUGGACAGCUACCUACGACCAGUCCUGGUGGAGAGACGGCUGCCCACGGGCUACUGCCAAGCUCUAGAUCGGGGACUCAACACUCAGGCCAUGCUGGAGGAUGAAGAGCCAGAGCAAGAAACAGGAGGAACCGCUGCAGCGAGCAGUGCUAGAGUUCCACCUCGAGAAAGAAGCAAAGAGGGAAGUCCCAAGGCCCGAGGGCGCAGCAGCGACUGCGAGGAAGCGGCUGAGAGUGAGGACACCUUCUCCUUCGUGGCGUCCACGGCCUCGCAGUCGAAGGUGUCCAAUUCCUCGGGGCAUCGCCUGGGCAGCGACACCUCCAAGGCGGUGAGGCGACUCUUUGCCACGCGAGGGGACCUUCUACAGGUCUUAAAGCGGCUGCCACCACAGGCGCUGGUGUCCCAAGCAGGAUGCAGCACUCAGAUCGAGGGCAUUUUGCGAGGUAUUUGCACCUCUGUGGUGGUCGGAGUCUCUCCGGAGCUUGUUCAUCAAGGCCCCGGCAGCCCCAUGCUGGUUGGCCUUGGUGUCGGCUACAGGUACGGCAAGGGCUAUGGACUUCCCUCGGGCCAGAGCACCUUGGAGCUUUCCGUGGCGGUGCCCACGCCUGGAGGUCCCAAGGAGCUCUCGCUGCCGUUCCCGCAGCUGGCGGACACCGAGCCCUCCUCGCUGGAUGCGCUGCAGGCCUGGAGCGACCUGAGCGCUGCCCUGCCGCUGCGCUUCAACGACGCCGCGCUGCGGGUGCGACGGCGGAACCUGAAGAAGGCCAAGGAGACGCUCCGCAGCUUGAGAUGAGCGUGAGGAUGCGACGAUGUGACCGUGUGUCGGAGUUGUGAAGCUGCAAAAGCCUCGGACUGGAACGACCUGGGAUUGAGCCAGAUUGGGUCCCCCCUGCUGGCCAUCUACUGGAGAAAAGGGUUUCAGAUGACUUUAGCAGCUUGACCAUGUCGUGCAUUCUGUGUCCAAAGAAGGCUUUGGCACCUGCGAUUCCUUGCUGAUAUUUGAAAGAGAAGGAUGGGACCUGUCAUGAAGUUGUUGAAGAUGUUCGCCAAGGAACAGCAUGGGCAGAGCUCUAUGUUUUUUGGUUCCGACCUUCUGUUGUUUCAGAGUUUUUCAAGAACAGGUCUAAUCAUGUGGACAAAUCUCCAGAUGCAGGUGUUGGCACGGCCCGGUCCAAUGCGCGGCGGCAGUGCCAAGCACCAACAUGGGGACCAUUGAUUGGUAUUUCUCCGCCAUUGAAGACCACCAAAGGAUGAGCAUUUGACUAGUCUAGCUGAACAUCCAGGCCUGGAAGAUUCGUGGCGACUGGUCCUAUGCGGCCCUUCUUCCAGUCCCCAGAGCUGCCGACCCUGGCCGUGGCCCGGGCUGAUGCAGUUCAGCUGCAGACCGAUGGAUCCAGACUGAAUGCUUAGGACCUAGGACUCCUUUCUGCCAUACCUCGGUUGCCCUUGCUAGCCCUUCCACAAUUCCCAUCAUCUACUUCGCAUUGGACAGCACAUCAUCAUGAUUGACAAUCACCUGAUCCGUGCAUUUGCCCUCAGAGAAGCAAACAUUGGAAUUGGAUGGAAUUGGUGGAGCCUGGGGUAGUGUGUGAAGACAUAGAUCCU